AUGACACAGAUGACAGACCAAUUGAUCACAACUGUAGAACAUCAAUAUCAGCAGGAUCAGCAAAAGAAGAUGUUGUCCCAGAAUGUUGAGGAUGUCAAUCCUGCCAAGGAGGACUGGAGGAUUAAGGUGAAAGUGGUUCGGGCUUGGAAAGUUCCUAACUUUCAACUUAAAGAUUUUGAUGACAAUGUUGAAAUGGUUUUAUUGGAUGAACAGGGUGGUAGGAUCCACGCCACUGUCAAAGGUUCUUUGCAGGUGCGGAAGAAAAUCCAUGAAAGAGAGUGCUAUUCUAUAAAAAAAAAAAUUGGAGUUGGAUUCAAUAGCGAUGUGUUCAGGCCAACCAAGCAUCAAUAUCGUUUGUCUUUCAACUUGAGGACUGAUGUUAAAUCAAUUGUUGAUUCUAAUAUUUCUGCGAGUGAAUUUGAUUUUGUUGAUUAUGACAUCAUUGAGAAAGAAACAUAUGACUCUUCUUAUUUAGUGUUGUUCAUUUUUUAA